AGAUUACGUCGCAAUAGAUGCCACUGCUGCCAUGGUAACCCAAAUUUUACACGAAAUAAGACUAGUGCUCGCGUCAUUUCGCUUGCAAGUCUCUUUCGAAGAUGGAGGCUUCACAAGAAAGGUUUCAACAAGACAUUGAAUAAUUUAACGCUUGCUUAUAGUCAAUCCGUUUUAUACGAGGAAAUGAAAUAAAUGCAUGUUUAGCAAUCAAUUCUUUUAGAUACUUUUUUUUUACAAUAAUAUUCCACGUCUAAUCUAGAUCUAGUUAUCGCACUUCUAAUUGAGUUCAAAGACAUCCUCUUUUGACAAGAUGGCAUCCAAGUCUGCAAAGCCAAGCUUUGGUAGCCCUUCGCAAAAGAACAAGCCUGGAGGACCAAGUCGAUCGAGAAGAACGAGAAAGACGUCAAAGCCCAGAAAGAGGACUAUUGUUCUUGAAAGUUGCCAAGAGGAAGUCUCAAGCCCCGGGAAGAGCAACAUUACAGUCAACGAAUUGGGGAAUUCCCAGUGGCAUGAGCCACUUCCAAUCUCAAAUGACGACAGCGAUAAGGGCCAACAAGAAAAUCUCAGUGUUGGAGACGUCAAUGUGACUCCCAAGAAAGAAAUUAUUCCAGGUUUCGUUGUUGACCAGUGGUGUGAACUAGGCCCUAGUAUUUAUCGCGAUGGACACAGCCCUUCUCAGUUGGGCAAAGCGAAAUCUGUCAGUGUCAUUGAAUUUAAAAGUUCUCCUGACUCUGGAAACUACCUUCUGGAGAAGUGCAUCAAAAACGUACCUAGAAAACUGAAUUUAGACAUGGCUGAAAAUGAAGCUGUGCAAGACAGCAAGCCGUGUCCUGAAAUAAAGGUUGAAGAGGCAGAAAGUCAGUGUCUCUAUCAGGCUAUGACAUCCCAGUUUGCACAAACUAACUCGAAUAUAUCAACAUCUGUUUCUUCCGAGUCAAAAAGUUCAGGACAAAAUGUGUACCAAUAUAGUUCUCCUACACGUCCAUUACGAAGUAUGGCCAUUGGUCAGUUGAGCUGUCAUCCAUACUUUACGUCUGAUCACUAUGAAAACCGUGUAACUGCGACAAGGAUGCGCCCAGGUAACAAGAUUGUCAGCAAUGCAAAGUCAGCCACCAAAAAUAAUGAACAACAUAUUUUGUUUCAGUUGGUUCAACCAGCAGAUAAGUAUCGAAACACUAGUCCAGUCGUGGCUCACAAUAAUUCGGCCAUAAACUCUUGCCAAGGGAAAUCUAGUAAGACAUCGUCACAUCCAAAUCAGGCUACAAGUUUUAAUGAAAACAAAUUGGAGAGAAACACAAUUAUUUCCCAUUUUCAGGUACAUAGUCAAAGUACAAAAUGUAACAAACUAUGCAAAUCAGCCAAUAGUAACGACAAAGUCAAACUUCUGUUAGGUUCACCUAUUAAACCGAAAAUGUCCAACGGUGAAGAUUUUAUCGACCCGACAAGAAUCAAAUUUGGACUCGAUGAUGGGACUGAUGAUGAUUCGAUAACUUGCAAUUCCAAACUUGACAGCGAAAGUUCAGACGAAGAGUGGAAGCCCUCUAAGCUUCAAGGUAAAAUCAAACCAGAACUGGAUGGUCCUUUUUCACAUGUUGAAUCGCAUAAAGACGGCAAAAAAGUUAAGAAGAGCUUAAAGCGGCGUAAAGUCACCUCAGGAAAGCUUUCAGUCACCUGUCCGACGUGCGGGAAACAUUUCCGCGGUACCUACCACUUGCGACGACACGAGAUGUCCCACAGUGAGAACAGACCUUACGUUUGUAUGAUAUGUAAAAAGAGUUUCAAACAAAAAGCCCAUCUCCACGGACACAUGGGCGUACACAAGCGAUGUAGGCAAACAAACAACGACACCGUCGAGAGCAGUGCCCAGAGUAAAACCCAGUCUUCAAAAUGCCCAGGCCGCCCAAGAAAAAUCUACACCGAAAAAGAUCUUUCGUGCAAAAACUGCGGGAAAUGCUUUAAAACGGUCUACAGGCUGAAGCGGCACGAGCAGUCCCAUACAGAUAUCAGGCCAUUCACCUGCAAAAUUUGCGGCAAAGGUUUUAAACAAACAGGCCACAGAAACGAGCAUCAGGCUAACCACGAGAAAGGCAACAAAAAAUGUUUCCUUUGCAACAUGUGCGGCGUCGUAUUUCGCUGUAGAUCUUCUUUCAACAAUCACAUGAGAUCUCACAAUGUAGAGAAAGUCAGGCUCCAACAAACUCGAGCUGAAGACGAAGGAUGUAUCAAACAGGACGGUAUAGAUAUCAAUCACUCUGGCUACGACUGCCCAUAUUGCCCGGACAAGUUCGCCACUGCACAAGCGUUAAACAGCCACUUAGAAACCCACGUGGAGGUCAAACAUCGACGUCACGUCCAGCCAUAUAGCUGCGACGUUUGCAAACGAACAUUCACAUACAGGCAUAACCUCUUGAAGCAUCAGCUUGCACACAAAGCUCCGGACAAAUAUGCACAGUUUUACCAAAAGAAAAUAGAAGCCCAUGUGGCCAGCGGCAAGCCUUCCUUUAGCUGUUCUGUUUGUGCUAAAGUGUUUAUAAGAAAAGAAACGCUAGCAAAACACUCAAAGAUUCAUUCUGGCAAGAAACCUUUUAAAUGUUCAAUCUGUGAAAGGGAGUUCACUCAGAACGUGCACUUAAAAGUUCAUAUGAGGAAACACACGGGUAGUCGCCCAUUUCAAUGCAAGGAUUGCAACCGAGGAUUUAUUGACAGUACCGCAUUAGCCAAACAUAUAGAGUAUGAAGCAUGUAAUUCCGAGAAUGCGCUCUAUCGGUGCAAAGUAUGUGAUAAACGUCACUAUUACUUGGGUAGCAUCAAACAACAUAUCAGAAAGCACCAUGGAGCAGUGACUGAAGAUAGCAUUGCAAAAUACAUCUUAAAGUUUGAACGAUCGAAUAAACGAAAAAACAGCCUGGAUUCUGAUAAAUUCUCAUGCAGGGUUUGUUCCAAACGUUUUACCGAGAAAUGUAAUUUAGUUAGGCACGUUCGAAAUAAGCAUUCUGAACUGUUAGAACUGCUGAGUUCCGAGAAAUCUUCAGAGACUAAAGAUAACUUUCUUGAUUGGAGCUCUUCACAAGUGAAUGACAACGAUUGCGAUACUUCAUCGGACGUCAAAUCAGCGCUUGACAAAACUGAUCCCGUUGAAGUUGAUAUGUCUAGAGAGCUUACCGUUGAGGAAUGUCAAGGGGAAAAGAAUAAGGAAUGUGUAACUGACAAGAAAAAGAACCAUAUUGAACGAUCUUACGAUAAGAACCUUGUUCCGGAACGAUCCUACACACACAGAAUGGAUGGUAAGAGGAUCGAUGAUAAUAGACGAGAUAAUAACCUGCUGGAAGGCUUCAAUACUGCAGAUUUUGACCGUCUGGAUGAGCAUAUGAGACACGAGUCUUGCCUAACUAGGUCAGGGUCACCAAAUUCAGACUCGGAAAGCCCUAACGAGUCGCCUCCUCAAUCCGAUAUCAACUUUUUAUACAACAUUGGUCUUAUUGUGUCCAAUAAAGCCAAGAAGUACAAAGAACUCGAAAAUGUUUCAGACACAAACACCAACGAUGACAAAGCAUGUAGUGUACUUUAUAAACCAGUACAAAGCAGUGAAGCCGAUCAAGCAAAGGCGCAAAACAUGAACGUUGCACAAAACAAAUCUCCUGCUCAAGGCGAUUUCAUGCUAGAGUCUUUGCUAUAUGAUAGUAACCUUUCAAAAAGCAAUGAAAUCCCUGGAAAUAUACCAACAACCAGAAGUACAACAGCGAUUUGUUCAGGUUUUGGAAUGUUACACAAAGAAUCUAUGAUCGAUGAGGCUAAAGUAAUUCGAUCUUUUAGUACUGACUAUGAACCUGACUCCAAGCUAGAAAACAAAAACAGUCUAUGCACAAAACCAUCUGUUACUGUGUUGCCUGAUAGUAAUUCUUGUGAUGACCACACCCUGCAGGGUUUAACCAAGAUGUCGCCCUCAAAAACUAUUCCUCACUCUGUUAGCUACAAUGAAUUUAUUACUAGUGCAAAUGAGCCACGUUCACAUUGCGUCCCUCAAAGUACUCCUGAUAAUGACGUUUUAACGUCAAAGAAAGAUAAGGACUCGAGAGAAGGUGAAGGUGAGAAUGUUCUAAGUACAUUGAACGUCCACUGCAGCACGAUUGUGGAUAAUAGCGUCAUGUCUAUAAAUAGUAACGAACCUACGAACAACAUGGCCACUUCAAAGACUGCAUUGAACGGCAUUUUCAACCAGCUACAAAACUCAAUGACACAAAAUACUUGUCUUGUAUUAGGCGACUCCAAUACUGCUGCAACUUCUAAUGCCUUGACCAAAGGGAUGUUACCGAUGAAAUCAAACGAUGAUGAUUACGAGAGUUGUCCCACAGAAUCUCAACUAAACUGUUUAGGACUGUUGGCUUGUAGGGAUAGCGUGGAAGUUAUCAGCAAGGCCUUUUCACCAUCUUCGCUAUUCGACAGAGUUAAACCUUGGCUUCAGGAGCUAGUCAAGAGUUCAAAACCCGCAAAAGAAAAAUGUGUAACGCAAAAUGCAACACACAAGAACCAACUACACGGAAGAAUCAUCAGUUUAAACAUAGAGGGUGGGACAUGCAGGGAUAAUAAACAAGAAAGAGGAAAAGUUGACAUGGCAAAUAAAUGUAGGGUGAGACAUAGACCCAGCAGUGCUAGACGUAAUUUAGAGGUUGCUUAUCAAGCUGAGUCCUCCCAAAAUUGUAACACUGAGUCCAAUGAAAGCGAUGAAAAUCCGAACCAGCAGACGGGUGAGGUAAUUACUCUUUCUGAAGAGUUCUCGAGUGCCUCUGAUGAUGCUCGAAAAGCAGCUGAUUCGCCAAGAAAAGAUCAACCACCAGGUAAAAAUGGUUGUGUGGCAAAGCAAGAAUCACUUAGGACAACGUGGCCUAUGGUUGAUACAUGUGAGAAGCAACAUGAAGCAUCUUAUUCUUCGUUUUCGAGAGAAAGAUGUCAGAAGCAGGUCAUGACGUCAAGUAGGGAAGCAUUUAGUUUUAGUGCAAACCAGGAGACAAGAUCACGGUCAAUGGUCAAUGCGUGUAUUGAGCAACCUAUUGUACCACUUGCUUGGUCCAGGGCCAAUGAAUGCCAGGAUCCACACCUGACGUCCAGCAGAGGAACAGUUUUCAACAAGAGUCACGAGGCGCGCAUAAUGUCGUGUACAUGGCCAGAGGUCCCUGCACAGGAGAAUCAUUGCUUUUCUACAUCUCACGCCACACUUGAAGUGUCAAAUAAAGGAUAUGCAGUCAAUGAGCCAUAUCUAGUAUCAAGUUCAUUGUCAUUGGACAUAAAUCACGAGUCAUUGAUACCAAGUACUGUUUCGACACUUCUAUCCAAUCAAGGGUCACCCAACUCCUCCAUGUCCUCAUCCCUGAUGGCAUCAACUACCUCGCCGUCAACACCGGACACAACCACCAAAAUAAAAAGCAGUUUUCCUUGCACGGUUUGUGCUAAAACUUUCCACGCGAGACAUCAGUUGAAACGCCAUGAACUGACUCACACGGACCACAGACCAUACAACUGUGACAAGUGUGGCCGAUCAUUUCGCCAGAAAGUGCACCUGAGUGACCACACCAAGAGGCACCAAGGAGAGAGGCCUUUUGCUUGCGAGGGCUGUGGGAAGCGCUUUGUUCUGAAGAAUGAAAUGAAUCAACACGUCAAGAACCACUGCAAGGGGGCAACGAAUUCGUUAGUGAAGUCUCGCCUUGACAGAGCUACUAAUCAAAUAUACACAGUAAGUGUUGGCCAGUUAGCGCCAUUGUUGUAUAGAUCUACUUAUUUCAGCAGUGUUCCCAAUGCUAAACACUUAGAUCAACCCUCAAAUCUACUGCCCUCUACAAGUAUUAACUACGAUGAAACCAAACAGGUGUUGGACAUUGACCAUUCAAAUGAACAGCCCAUUGCUCGGAUUAACGGUGAGGAAACCAAACACGAGGUGGACAUGGGUCACUCACCCAGUGUACGUGUUAAAGAUGAGGAAACCAAACACGAGGUGGACAUGGGUCACUCACCCAGUGUACGUGUUAAAAAUGAGGAAACCAAACACGAGGUGGACAUGGGUCACUCACCCAGUGUACGUGUUAAAGAUGAGAAGCUUCAACAUUUACUUGACAUACAUCUAGGUCACUCCCCUGGGCUGCCAAGAACAAGAAUUAAAGACGAGAAAGACGAACACGUCUUGGGCAUAGGUUACUCACCUGUAGUGACCAGUGUACCAUUUAAAGAAGAGGACACUAAACACGCGGAAUGCUAGACUGCUACAGCUCUGCUGCUUUAUUUGAAGUCAUCAGUAGGGCUUACUUGCAAGACGUAAAAUAGUACAAUCAAUCAACAAGAGGAUGAAGAUAGUUUGACUUUGACUUCUGAUGUUCAUAAGUUUAUCUAGAUACUAAAAGUAAGUUGCUAGAGAUCUGUGUUUAUGUAUACAUAAUAAGAUAUGUUUAUUUUACAUUGUAAAAAGUCGAAAUAAAUAAAAGAUGUCAUAUUUUAUUUUAUAAACAUUACUUUACUCACAAAGAUCUAUUUAAUGAUACUAUUCUGUGUCUAUUUUUAAAUUUUAGGAAUAAAAUGAGGUAGAUAAUGAAAAAAAAAUGUAAUUAAAUUAUUUUUUUAAAGUGUUGAUUUAUUGCAUUGUGUUAAAUUAUUAAAAUAAACGUAUAUGCUAUACA